CACUGUUUGAACCGUUCCAAUCCUCGGUUCCAUCUUCAGAACUUCCAUAUUAGGCUUUUCCAAUUCGCCUGCCCCGCCUCUAGACCACCCUGGUUUGUCACCUAUGUCGCAAUGGAACAGUCCUCGAAACGAGCGAGGAAAACCGACAUAGUUCGCAAGCGCACAGGAUGCCAGAACUGUCGGACCAAGCGGCGAAAGUGCGAUGAGACACGCCCAGAAUGCUUGGCCUGCAGUCAACGCGGGGUCAAGUGCAGUGGCUACCAACGCUCAAUCACCUUCAAGGACGUGUCUGAGCUGACAGCUGAAUCAUCUAAGAAGUUUGAGGCUGCGAGAUGGUCGGCGUUGCAGUUGGAGGAUGAGAGGAGGAAGCAGAAACCGACACAUGGAGCAACUCGCCGGUCGACUCGGUCACCACGGGACGAGAGUGAAGGCGCAAUACACGUGGAUACACAACAGCCUUAUGCCGCGACGCCAGUGUCACCACCUAUGUGGAGCGGCCUGACUGGCAACGAUACAGAUAAUAGUGUCUUGCCAUGGGAUCUCUUCGAGCCCUCUUUUCAGCUUCUUGACGAUGAUGGGUUGCAAUCAGCUUUACCCAAUGCCGAAGCUUCAUUUGACAAUGUUGAACAAGUUCAACAUCGCCAACCUCACCCAGUACAAUCCUCAUCACCACUUGUCACACGGAAUUCCCCCAAGUCCAACACUCUGCCUGGUGGUCAGCUCCCUAUACCGUUGGCAGAUUCAAAUUCCGCAGAUAAACUUGCUACACCAACAAACAAUGACACGAUGAUCAUGGUUGAAGGGAAUAUUUCGACUCAAAUCCCCAACACGUGGGAUGAGUUCUUGAACAUCGAAGGCCCCUUGGAUGGAUCAUCACCAUCGACCCAGUCGUCUCUCGGCGAUCCGGCGACUGACUGCCAACUAUCCUUCCCAGUUGAAGAGGCGCUAGUUCGACAUUUCGAAGCUCAUGUUAUCCCUGUUGUUCCGGUUACUCUAGGAUUCCCAAGUCUAUUUCGCGAUAGCAGCUGUUUCCGAGCCGCCGUUCUUGCUCUUUCUGCGGGAAACUUCAAAAUCACACAACACAACUCAGCCGAUUCGCAAGCACUGAGUCGAAAGACCGAAGGCAAUCUCGACUGGAAAUACUACGAGGCGGCUGUAAAAAAGCUAAAUCAUGAGCUGCAGAAGCCUGGUAAUCGACGCGAUGAACAUGUCGCCGGUGCUGCUCUGCUCCUGGCCUACCACGAGAUCGAAGUCGGCUCGCCGUUGGGUAUCAGGAAUCACGCUUCCGGUCUGGAUGCAAUCGCCUCCAAAGUAGAUUUUUCGUCUUCGUCCACGUCGGCUUUAUUCAAAGCGUGGAGAAUGUUGAGGUAUGACGUAAAGUUCCAGAUACUGGGAACCCGAAAGUCAAGUCUUGUUACGGACCUAUACGAGCCAUGUAGCUUUCUUGAUCCGCAGCUCGCCAUUCGAGACAUCCUCUCAAGCCUUUGGAGGCUGCACAGUCGACACGCCAUGGAAGCAACUUUCAACACGCAGAGCCAGCCUGGUAGACCAAGUGCAUCGGAGAUGGCGGGACAAUGGCUUCGAACAGUGUUGAAUCGGCAAUGCGACCAUCGACAGUUCCAGCAACGGGACUAUCACACUGAAAGUUUGACUCCUGAAAUGAUGUUAGAUCAAUGCGACAACUUCACUAAGCGACUUGAUCAAUGGCACCGCUCGCUGUGUGAUCACGACUUGCCUAUUGCCAAUCUCGGUACGGAUCAGGAUUUUGUCACCGGCCCGUCCUUUGAAACGAUCGUGACCUACCGUUUCUCAGACGACCGCAAGGCGGUUGACUACAUCAUGUAUCUCAUUUCCCGAAUGGCGUGCAACUACAUACGCUCCCUAUUCAACCCUGCGAUUCUAGCCAGUGUGUCAGAAGCGUGGGGCAAGAUCAUUGUCGGCAUCGUCUGCGGCAUGGAAAUAUCUCGCCAGCGUUUUACUUUGCUUCCCGUAGAAGCACUUCUACACAUGACGGCCCUCUUAUGCGAAAGUACGAAUAUCUGCACCACAAUUAUUGACGUCUUGAUCCCACGCGUGAUGAGGACGGGUAUUUUCGGACCAGAGCUUGUCGGAUGGACCUACUUGAAACGGGGGCUGGAACUUGUCGUGAAGGAAAGGUUGCGGGGACGCUCGAUUCGCCUGAUCAUGGACGGAUCUGAUGAGCACCACAAGCAUAUGCAAGUUGAAACAACCCAAGUCCUUGUUGCAUUUGGGGAUUAUAACGGGAAGGGCCAUUUCAGAGAGUGUUACUCGUUUGAUUGGAGCCAUGAUGGAAUUAACAAUGCUAUGAUACGCUGAAGAAGCUGAGGCUGGAAGAUCGGCUUGGAAACGUCUUGCUUCUUGGCCCAAUCUCGCUCUACAACAAGGCUUGAGCAACCAACACACUUUGGCUGACCGAGUGGGAUACUGCAAUGAAUGAGGAUUACCGCCUUUUUAACUGAUUAUUCCUACGUGCCAUAAUUUGACAUUUCAGGUGAACACAUCACCGAAACCCAAUUGUUCCUUCCCCCCCAC